AUGAUUCCCCUGGUGGAAGUUAUAAAAUUGCUAAAUGGUAGUAAUAAGCCACAAGUUGGUUUUAUAUAUGAUACAUUAGAUCAAGCUAAGGAGACCAUCAAAAAGGAAUUCAAACACCAGACAUCCCAUUAUGCAAGCUUCUGGGAAGCCAUAGAUGACAUAUGGGACGAAUAUCUCCAUAGUCAUCUCCAUGUUGCAGGUUACUUUUUGAAUCCAACCAUUUUUUACUCAAGGGAUUUCCACACUAAUGUGGAAGGUUCGCGUGGUCUUUGUUUUUGUGUUAUUUGCAUGGCAGAACAUCGUCAUAAACAGGAUUUGAUCACGUCGCAAAUUGAUGAGUACCACUUGGGAAAGUUAUGGUUGCAGAACUUUGGUGGUCAGAAUACGGAGGUGAUUGUCCCGAACUGCAUAGGCUUGCUGUUCGAAUCUUUAGUCACAUGCAAUGGUGCUUCACAUUAUAGGCUAAAAAGGAGCUUGGUCGAGAUAUUACUAACAGAACGGAUGAACCGGAUAGGGCAGCAGAGGCCUCAGGACUUGUUAUUUAUCCAUUGUAAUAUGCAAGUACAAGCUCUUGAUCCUGAAGGAAGCCAUGACAUUGCAGGUGAUGUUCUUGACCUGAUGGAUGAGUGGACAGUCGGAAAAAGGCCAAAUUUGGUGUCUGGAGAACACUGA